AUGGCCAGCAGUCCCUGCUUGGGGUCCUCGUCACCAAAGUCAGCACAGGGGUUCCGAACCCAGGCAUGGUCGUUGCCGGGUUUGCCUUCAGCCCAGCCUCGGUGGGAUACAGUGGCUGGGGUGUAUCUUCAGGGGCUUGUCCCUCCUCGGGAGAAGGCAGAUGAUCCUUUUCUCCUGCUCAACAUCGAGGGCGCCUGGUUCCUUCCUCCUGGAAGAUCAUUCUCUGAAGCAAAUCAAAAUGAAAAGGAUGAUGUUAACAACAACAACGGAUCAAAGAAAAGUGUAAAAACAAAACACCGAAAUCAAUUUACUCWGGAAGAUGUACAAGAACUUUACAAAAUAUUUAUGUGGACUCCUUAUCCUGAUUUUACAAUAAGAGAAGAACUGGCCAUAAAACUCCAUUGUCCAGUGCAUGUAAUUAAUAACUGGUUUCAGAAUAAUACAGCUUGACUUCCACCUGAAGACAGGCAAAGAAUAUUUGCUAUGUGGAAACAACAAAAUCACCAAAUCCAAACCCAUCCACUUUUAAGCAACCAGGCUGUGGCUCCCAGCUAUACCACCGAGCAGUUUCUUUUUGCCCAGACAGCUCAGACAGGCAUCGCUGGUGGCUCAACUUUGGAUAAACAAGAGGUUCCCACUCAAAAAAUGUGCUCAGAUUGUUCCUCUCUUUGCUCUUUUUAGGAGACACAAGAGAGUCCCCAUUAAGUAGGCUCCAGUUGCUGCUCCCUUUUGGAACAAGGACUUCUCGGUCAACAACUAUGUUCCAGAUGCUUUUCUCUGAAGACACAAGGGCUUCCUUGUCAACAGGUGGCCAACACCUCCAUGGUGGCAGGCACUGGAAAGCAACCAGGCUGUACUUUGGAGUAUGAAGAUGACACAGAAAGUGGGUCUUUUGACAUCUUUUCCAGGAUGUAGCUGAGCAGUUGCCUACAUCCUUCUGUGUCUUCUGUGCAUGCUUUUGACAGGGAUAGGACUGAGACCAAGGAAAGCCAGCAUGAAAGUCCUUGUUCUCUCAGCUGCAGCCAGAUGGUUUGCAGCUCACCAUUACCAUCUCUGGGGCGAUGUAUGAAGCACAAGACUUUAGAGCAACCCAGAGCUCAAAUGCAGCAGCUCUGGGAUAAAGAGUCUACAAGAUCUCACCUUAAGGAUCAAGAUCCAAGAAGUAGUGCCAAGUAG